AUGGUCAAGAACGCCCCCAAUUCCCUCCGCAACAGCGUGAGCAGCAUCUCUCUCCGAACCUCAGUGCAAGACCAAGCUACACGACAACGAACUGCAGAGCUCCAAGAGGAGAAUGACACGCUGAAAAGGCAACUCCAUGUUCUGUCGCAGCGACUCCAUGCCCCCCCCGCAGGCCUACCCGUUGCCGAACAUUCAGAAAACAAUCGCCCUUUGAGAGAUUUCGACCCUGAGCUUAAUCCUCACAGCGACUGCGCCCAGACGAUACUAGCCGGGCCAGAUCAGCAGGCUACUCUGCCACUCCUGUAUCGGCAGCUCAGAAGCCAGCCCGUACAAGAGGAACCUAUGGGGUGGGAGGGGCAAUCUGCCGAAGUGAAGAGUCUGUUCGAGAAGUACAACGAUUGCAUGAAGGAGCAGCUCCAGCAGCCGCGCGGGAGCUUAAUCACCAAAGGACUUGUACGAGAAGAGAACGCACUGAAGAGCCCGGAGGCGUACACGCAGCCCUUCUGUGACUUCCUGACCGAGAAUCCAACGGUGUGGCAUACGGUUUCGCACUUUGAGAAGAGGCUAGAUGCAGCAGGAUUCACGAAGUUAUCCGAGCGGAACACCUGGGGCAAUGAAUUACAACGUGGAGGGAAAUACUAUGUGUCGAGAAACGGAAGCAGUCUGAUUGCUUUCACUGUUGGCAAGGGAUAUAAGAGUGGCAAUGGAGUUGCAAUGAUAGCUGGCCAUAUCGACGCCUUGACGGCACGCCUAAAGCCGAUAAGCAACAAGAAGACCUCCGCUGGCUACGUACAACUCGGGGUUGCUCCGUAUGCUGGGGCUUUGAACAACACAUGGUGGGACCGGGAUCUUGGCAUUGGAGGCCGAGUAUUGGUUAAGGACUCUAGGACGGGCAAGAUCACCACCAAGCUGGUGAAACUCGGAUGGCCAAUUGCUCGAAUCCCAACUCUCGCGCCUCAUUUCGGCGUCGGCAUGCAGGGACAAAAUAACAAAGAAACACAGGCAGUUCCAAUCAUCGGCCUGGAUAAUUCCGACGGUUAUACCGACUCUUUGGGAGACGAAUUCAAAAACUUGACGCUAGGUGCUGAAGGUACAUUUGCAGUGACCCAACCACCAAGACUCGUCCGAGCUAUCGCAGGGGAGCUCAAUAUCCAGGACUACAGCUCCAUUGUCAACUGGGAACUCGAGCUCUACGAUACUCAACCUGCACAAACUGGUGGCUUAGACAAGGAGUUCAUAUUCGGCGGCCGGAUUGAUGAUAAGCUCUGCUCGUGGGCUGCGAUGGAAGGACUUCUCGCCUCUGCCUCUGCCUCUGCCUCUGCCUCUAGCUCCGAAGAAGAUGGUAUUAUCAAGUUAACUGCCCUUUUCGACGACGAAGAGAUUGGUAGCUUGCUCCGACAAGGUGCACGUGGCAAUUUCUUGCCUAGCACCGUAGAGAGAAUCGCCGAAUCUUUCUCGACUAAUGGGACGAGUUCUAAUCUCCUGAGCCAAACCUAUGCCAACUCAUUCCUCCUCUCUGCGGAUGUUACCCAUGCCGUGAACCCCAACUUCCUUGGUUCUUAUCUGGAUGGCCAUGCUCCUCGGUUGAAUGUUGGUAUUACGGUAUGUGCCGAUUCCAACGGACAUAUGACAACCGACUCUGUCUCGACUGCGCUCCUUACCCGAGUUGCGGAGAAAAGUGACAGCAAAUUGCAGAUGUUCAUGAUCCGGAACGACUCCAGAAGUGGAGGAACCGUUGGGCCGAUGCUGAGCUCAGCCAUGGGAGUUCGGGCUAUUGAUGCUGGUAUCCCGCAAUUGAGCAUGCAUUCUAUCCGCGCGACGACCGGUAGUCUUGAUCCUGGACUUGGUGUGAAGAUUUUCAAAGGCUUCCUUGAUACAUUUGAGAGUGUUGAUAAGGAAUUUGAGUGA